AAAUGGACUUUGGAAGACAAAUUGGACAUGUCGUUUAGGUUUGGAGCAGUUGGAGACGAUCUGGGCUUUUUGGUCUUGGAUCUAUGAAGAAGAGAUUUAGCUGUCAACAAGAAGCCCAAUUCCUGGACUCAAGUACUCAACUCCAAACCCUUGUUACAGCCACGUUGGGCAAGCGUUGCAUUCUCCCUUGGACUUUGAGUUUGCGUAUAACAACGUAGCGAGACUGAGACACAGAUGAACCAAGCAGCACCAGACAAGACACAACAACUCCUCCCUUACUGCUGAUCUCCGUAAACAUUGAUUUAUGUCGUCCUAUUCGCUCUAACCCUCUCGAGCAAAACCGUUGAUUUCGCUUGCUUACUCCUUUCACAGGCUUUUAUCUUCUGCAUCCAAAACUAUUCCAUUCAUAGUUGCACCUUGACCUUGCCUUGGAGCUUUAUACUACAACCUUAAAGACCCCGAACACAAGCUGAAUCUAAACAAGGAAGAAGGAUGGCUGUUUCAUUUUCACAUAUUUCGAUACCCUUCCAAGAAUCUUCAAUUGCUCGAUCGAUUUCUCUCCUCCCUUAUGCAGCCAACAACUUCCAUUUAUUGGGAGGUAGUCCAUUUGUGCUCUAUGGAGGAGCUGGCAAUUUCUGCUGGAGGUUUCAUGAUUUGAAACGACCGAUACUUAAGAGGCCGAACAUUCAGCAGCGAAAUAGAAAGCAUGUACCUAUAAAUGAGCUCAUAAGCAUAAGAAAUCAAAACAAUGAUCAGUCAGAAAAUCCUUCAAGAAAUUUAGCAAAUGAUGAACAAUUUUCUGAAGCAGCAUCAACAAUGUUUCCUAAUGAUUCUACCGAAGAACAGACAAGAGCAACUUCACAUCGAAAGAAAAGUUCUAUGCCUAAUUCUCAACCUGGAAUCUUGGAAAAGGCACGCACUUCCUUGGAAUCACCUUCCUCUUUUGUUCGGACACAUUCCUCAAAUUUGAGUGUUGAUGAUCAUCAUAGAGGACCCUCUCUAUCUAUUGCUGUUAUAGGAGCUACUGGUGAACUGGCUAGGAAGAAGAUAUUCCCAGCAUUAUUUGCUCUAUAUUACAGUGGUUUUCUUCCUGAGAAUAUAGGUAUCUUUGGUUAUUCCAGAAAGAAUUUGACAGAUGAAGACUUAAGAUCCCUCAUUGCUUCAACUUUGACUUGCCGCAUUGAUCAUCAGCAAAACUGUGGUGACAAGAUGGAUGCCUUUCUUAGUAGAACGUACUACCUUAAUGGAGGUUAUGACAACAAAGAAGGGAUGUCAAAGCUGAAUGCUCUAAUGGAGCAGAUUGAGGGGGGAUAUCGAGCAAACAGGAUAUUCUAUCUUUCCGUUCCACAAGAAGCACUUCUGGACGUUGCUUCCUCCCUUGCAGAUAAUGCCCAAACAAAGAAGGGUUGGAAUCGUAUAAUAAUUGAGAAACCUUUUGGUUUUGAUGCUUUAUCUUCGCAACAAUUUACAAAAUCCCUUCUUUCUAAGUUUAAGGAGAAGCAAAUUUACAGGAUAGACCAUCUCCUUGGGAGGAACCUUAUUGAAAACCUCACCGUAUUAAGGUUUUCAAAUCUAGUUUUUGAGCCAUUAUGGAGUCGGACAUACAUCCGUAAUGUGCAGGUGAUUUUAUCAGAGGACAUGAGUAUGCAGAUUGGAAGGUAUUUUGAUGGUUAUGGGGUCAUUCGGGACAUUGUUCACAGUCACAUGCUUCAGACAAUAGCAUUGCUAGCCAUGGAACCACCUAUAAGUCUUGAUGGUGAAGAUAUUCGAAAUGAAAAGGUCAAGGUUCUUAGAUCAAUUCGCAAAUUGGAACUUAGUGAUGUGAUUCUUGGCCAGUAUAAAGCUACUUCUGCAGACAAACUUAAUGUGAGCUUGUGCAGCCUGACCCCUACCUUUUUUGCUGCUGCAUUAUACAUUGACAAUGCACGUUGGGACGGUGUACCUUUCUUAAUCAAAGCUGGUGUGGGACUCAUCAAACACAGGGCUUUUUACAAUGCAAUAAAAACCUACAGAGUGGAGAUACGUAUACAGUUUAAUCGUGUUCCUGGAAAUCUCUAUCGUGAGUGUAUUGGGCAUAAUACAGACCUUGCUACUAAUGAGCUUAUUUUGCGUGAUGUACCUGAUGAGGCCAUCCUAGUCAAAAUCAAUAACAAAAUUCCAGGACUAGGAUUGCAGUUAGACGCUUCUGAGCUAAAUUUGCUUUACAAGGACAAGUAUAACGUUGAGGUGCCUGAUUCAUAUGAGCAUCUUCUGCUCGAUGUCAUGGAUGGUGAUAACCAUCUCUUCUUGAGAAGUGAUGAGCUUGCAGCUGCAUGGAGUAUUCUCACACCUGUUCUGCAAGAGGUAGACCAGAAUAAUAUAGCACCAGAGCUGUACGAGCUGGGAGGUAGAGGCCCAGUUGGAGCCUACUAUCUAUGGGCUAAACAUGGGGUUCGGUGGGCAGAUGACUAAAAAAGGUAAAACCUUUGCUGAGAUAACAAAAUACAUUUGUUGCAACCCAUUCCACCGCCACAUCUAUGAUAGAUGACUGCUUUGAAUAUGUAAUUCAUGUAAAAACUAGGGUUUCGUAUCUAUCUGUUGGUGUGGUUUUCUGCUAUACGAAGGCACCCAUAGAUUGAGGUGCAAACUGCUCAGCUGAUGAUAUAUUCCUGACUGCAGUGUGGUCAAGAUCUUAAAAAAUACUGUUACAUCAGACACUUUGUGUUUGUAAUGAUUCGUGUCUUCUGUUUUCAGAGCAUUAAUAAUGCAAUAGGACAAUGGUGGGGGUAUGGGUUUCUUUUAGUAUGAGUGGUCAGAAUGGGAAAAAGAAAAAGGAGAUUUGAUGCUUGCUCGUUUUGGAAGGAGAAAUCAGCCACGUCUCGCGCUGAUGGGUAGCGAGAGAGCGUGUACAGUGUGUGAAUCAAUUGGCUUGUUUUGUUUUUAAGAUUUAAUGAGUCAUGUGAGUUGCUCCCGCUUGAUCAGCCAGUCAGGUUUGCUCAGGUCCCAGUAGAGCCUGCCAGGUCGCCUGCUUUGAUCGAUUAUUGAAGGCACUUGAAAGUUGAAAACUCUUAAACCAUGUUUAGCAAAAUCUACAAAACGAUUUAAAGAUAUCUUGGAUGGAAAGAUAUCAUUAUUCAGUAUUCACUGGUUCUGAUGUGAACCUUUAACCUUUCUUGCUUUUCUUGUUCAAGUUGUCUUCCAUAAGUGGAUAUUUCAUCACUAUGCCAAAUGUUCUGAUUUGAGAUUUGAGAGCUAAUUAUGGCUUAGACAAAGCUUUUUGAAGAGUCAGUGUUGCGGUUAGAUUGAUCGUGCAGACUAAAUAUCUUCUCCAAAGUCUCCGGAUUAAUUGUAACCGAUGAAGAUUACAUGGUGACCAUCAUAAAAAUCUCUCUUAAACACAAAUUAAACACUAUUUUUCUGCCGAAAUCAUUAGUGAAUUGAUGUCACAUAUCAGAGAAGUUGUUCCUCAUUUACACUUGCAAAUCCUUAUCUCUAUCUGUUCUGCCUAUCAGAGAUAUAGAGUGAAAUUCAUAAUCGAUGAGUAGAGAAAUUGCAGUGUGAAUUCCAGAUAAGGCAAAAGCUGAUGGACCCCCAUGAUGCACAGGGCCGCCAGCAAUAGGCCAUAUGACAAAUGUCAUAAAGAAGGCGUCAGCUUGUGUUGGUGGGAACAUUACGCUCUGGGCUUGUGGCCACUGACGCAAACAAUUAUUCAUGCCCCACCUAAAAUCACCAAAAUGUACCAAUUUAUCCAUGCUUUUAUUUCCUUCUUUAACAAAAUCACACGGGCAUUCUCGUCAACUGUGGCCUUCUAUCAAAGACUUCUGUUAUAUAAUUAUGCGGUGGUGACGCCCUGUAAAGAGUCAACCAACACGGUCUCAAGUUCAUGCAAAUUGGUCUGAAUGCAUAGUUUGAUUGGAUAUAUAGUUCAUGCGCCAACUUUAAGCAUUAAGCAAUAAGAAAAGACCAUAGUAGGGUCAAUCUGGGUGGAGUAUAUUUCUAGUG